AUGUUUGAUGGCCAAAGUUUAUCUGAAAUGUUUAUUGCCAUUGAAGCCACAUACACCCACCUAAGCAAUGUUUCUCAACUACCUGUGGAACAUUUGAUGGUUUAUGGAGGUGUUGUAGGUGGCCAAAAUGACUGGGAAGCCCUAAUGGCACUUUGCCAUGAAGUAAAGCUUCGGAGGAAAAUCAACAUGGAUGAACGUGCUAAGAUCAUCAGUCAUGAUCGUGAGAAAACAAUUCAAGAUCAAGUGCUGGAAUCUUCUCCAAAUUACCCCAGUUCAGGACGAUGUGAAUUUACAAGGAUGAAUUACCGGGAUGGUCUGGAAAAAGAAACUAAAACAGAGCAGAGCUUACUCUGUGAAGGAAAUGAAAUGUGUAAGGAACAAAAAGCAACAAAAAAAUCAAAAGUAGGGUUUAUGGAUCCUUUGGCCACAGAUAACCAAAGAGAAUGUGAGGCGUGCCCUGGUCUGAGGACUUUGAGGGAAGAGGGCAGGAGCUGCUCUGGGGCCCUCAACUUGGCUCUUGAAGAACUUGCCAAAGUUAGUGAAGAAUUAUGCAGCUUUCAAGAGGAAAUCCGAAAGCGGUCUAACCACAGAAGGAUGAAGUCAGAUUCUUUUCUUCAGGAAAUGCCAAAUGUAAUGAAUAUGCCUCAGAGAGACCACAUGAUCAACCAUGGCCAGGGCAUUCUUCCCAUCGAUUUAGAAAAAGAAAAGCAGAAAAAUAGAAAGAAUCUAAGCACCACUGUGCUCCAAAGCAACUCUAGGAAAACAUGUGAACUUGAUACAAUUGAUCUGCAAAGAAAUGAAAUUCCACCACUUCCACCUCCAAGAAGCACAUCUCGAAGUUUUCCCAGCUCAUAUUCCAAACAAGCUCAUGAAAGUUUGAAGGGAAGUUUAGACCACAAUAGCCAGAUGGCCCAGGAGGGUCAAGGGGAAAGGAACUGCAGUCCUGAUUUCCUUUGGAGGCACAAUGAGAUUCCUAUGCUGUGUCUAGAUGAAGGGAAGACUUUGAAAGAUGGUAUCAUGUUUCCUUCUUUGGCACCCAAAGCCAAAAUAGAUAACAAGCCUCCAUGUAAUGAAAAUGUUGGACUUAGCAUGUGGUCGUAUGACACUGGGAUCAGUGCAAAAAGUAGUCCCUCUCCAUUGUGGUUUCAGAAAACCUGCUCGACUCCCAAUAAGCCACAGUGUGAAAAGAUGAUUCCAGAUCACCCUACUAAAUCUCAUCCUGAUCUUCAUAUAAGCAGUGACUGUAGCUCCUCGGUGACAGAGAGCAAUGGCCCACUUAAAAGUUUCAGUUGUGGCUUUAAGAGAACAACUAGGAAUGAAAAACUGGCAGCAAAGACUGAUGAAUUUAACAGAAUCGUAUUUAGAACAGAUAGAAAUUGUCAGGCAAUACAGCAAAAUCAAAGCUACUCAGAAUCAUCUGAAGAUCAUAAACCCUGUGAGACCUUAAUUACUCAUACAGGUAACAUAUCAGAAAAUGAUAAUGUGUCUGAUAUUCGGAAAACCAGUGCCCACGUGCCUGUGCCCAGAAAAAAUGUGCCUGACAAUCCCACCAAAAUAUCCACAACAGGCCUAGUCAGACAAAUGCAGGAACACAUGAGCCCCAGCAGUUACCGGAGUAUGCUCCAAGAGCAUGACUGGAGACCCAGUAAUUUGUCUGGCCGGCCAAGAUCAGCGGAUCCUAGGUCAAAUUAUGGUGUUGUGGAAAAGCUGCUGAAAACCUAUGAGACAUCAACAGGGUCUGCAUUGCAAAAUUCUAAAUGCUUCCAGGAUAACUGGACCAGAUGUAAUUCUGAUGUCAGCAGUGGGCCCACGUCAAGUCAGCAGUUAGAAAGACUUCAGUUGGAACAAGAGUUUCAGCAAAAGCCAGCUAUGUGUGGAGCACAGCAAGUAAAGCGAGGAGUAGAUUGGAGAAAGAUAACAGAGGAAUCCAUGGCAGUGAAAUCUCCACAUGCAAAAGGGUUUUCCCGACCUGCUAGACCAGCGAAUCGCCGUCUCCCAUCUAGAUGGGCCUCGAGGUCUCCAUCAGCGCCCCCUGCCUUGCGGAGAACUGCCCCUAGCUAUACCAUUUCUCUGCCAUCUGCAGCAUCGAUGGUCUGAGUCCCUGGCCUGGACUGCUAGAUGACAAAAGUCCUAAUUGCCAAACAGAGCGUUCGGAGUGUUUACAGCCAAUCCUGUCUCUUCUCUGUCUUUCAAGAUCACUGGGACAAACAAUUUAAAUCUUAACUUCUCAUCAGUCUUCAGUGUUUUUAAUCUAUGGAAUAAUUAUCUUCCUGUAUUUUGAUUUCUUAGAUCAGAAUUUUUUAAUGCCAUCCUCAUUAAUUUGCCAAUAUGAUUUAAGUUGAAACAAUGUACUAUAUUGUAUAUUCUAACUUUCUUGCAAGUGGCAGAAAGCAAGGUUAUGUGCAUGGCCAUGUGUUUGUAGAUGCAUGUGUUGAAAUAGGAAGUAUCCUAGUACGUAUUUAGAUAAGAAAAACGUAUGUGCUAGUGUUGACUUUGAAAUUAUAACAUGUAAACCUAUGUAUCUUUCUGUUUAUUUAAAAUUUUUGAAAAUAUACAGUACUAUUUAUAUUUUGUAUACCUUUUAAUAGGUAUCCACUUAAGGCAUUUGAGGUACAUAUAUUAACUAACCACUUUCUUGACCCCAACUACAUUGAAAAAUAAGAAUUGUACACAUUAAUAACAUUUGGUAGAUUUCUAAAUACAACUCAUAAAUAGUUUCUUAACUGAUGUAAGGAUGGACUAAUAUCAUUAAUCUCCUUGUUUACUCUCUUAAAUAAAUAAAAUUGUCACAGGUUUAAUAGUUCAGGCCUCUAAAGCAAACAUAAAAUGUUCACAAAAUCUUUUGUAUAUCAUUUGGUAGUCUAUUAUGGCUUUAACUGAGUACUUGAUCCCCAGAGCCAUAUCAUGAGACUGCCUUAGACACAACAAGACUUAAAAAUGCAGUUACUUGGAAUCCUUAAAUAGGAUAUGAAAAGAAAUUCAGUUAUGUUGAAUUCUACUUUUUUGUUAAAUUGUAUAGAUUUUAGUUAAGCUCCUUUAUUUGAAGGCAUAUUUAGAGGUAAGUCAUUUCCUUUUUCUUUUUUCCAACUUUUCCCCAAAAUUAGUAGGUAAAAAACUGAUUCACUGUUUUUAUUAACAAGAAAGAUUAGGAAUGAUAUUUAAUUGAGAGCUGAAUUAUAAUAUAUUUCUUAUAGUGUGCUACAUAAAAAAAAGCCUUAAACUAAACUUUGGCAUCCAUGAGUAGCAUAAGGAAAAGAAAUGUGUAUUUUGGCCACAAUUUGCUUCCAGUGAACACAUAAGAUCUAUGUUGAGACUGAAGGAAGUAUGAAUGUUGAGGUGCUUGGAAUUUUACAUGGAAGAUCUUAGAAGCAACUUUGCUCUCCAUUGUCUCUCUAUAAAACCAACUUUGGUAUUA